AUGGGACUUGAUCAGCAGCUGGUCCGCACAUACUAUAGAACUUUGUUUCCUCUAGAUCUCAUGUUUAAAUGCCUUCGGAUAGAUGAGAACCGCGAGGUCUCUUUUGGACUAGCAUCUGGCGGGUACAUCCGUUUUCUUACGUUCAGGACAGCAGAUGAAUUCAGAAAGAAGUUGCUUGGGAUUGUUCCUGAGAGAAUUGAUGUUGGGGCCAUCUACAGAGAUCGGCCUGCAAAGCAUAAUGUCCCGAGGGUUGCUGGGAAGGAGCUAGUGUUUGACGUUGAUCUAACUGACUAUCCCCGGAAGUGCUGCACGGAAAAGCUUGUGUGCAACAAAUGCCUUGUUCUGAUAAAGAUAGCUGUUAGGAUUCUUGACUAUUCGCUGAGAGAGGAGUUUGGAUUCAAGAAUGUGGGGUUUGUGUUUUCUGGAAGGCGUGGAGUACACUGUUGGGUAUUUGACGGUACAGCUCUUGAGCUGAGUGACAUUGAGAGGGGAGAAAUAGUGAAAUACUACGACUCUGUGGUCAAGAAAAAGAUGCAUUCUGAGGAAUACAGUGAGAUACUGAGGGAGUAUUCUUCUUUUUUUGAAUGUGAGGCUUCAGAAGAGUCCACGCUGUUUGAGAGAAUGUACAUAAGAGUAGACAAGGAAGUAACACAAAAGAGCAAGCACCUUAUCAAGAUGCCAUUUUCUGUACACCCGAACACAGAGAUCAUCUCUGUCCCCAUUGAUCCUCUAGACUUGGAAUCUGUGAAGCUAGAGAACUUUCCAAAGCUGAAGGAUGUUCUGGAAUCUCCGGAGCGACUUGACCGGUAUGUUAGUAUUGCGAAGAGCUGGAGGGAUUAG